UUCACUUAAAACUACCCAAAACCGAACAUUGAAAAACUCGAACCUCCAUUAACGAACUUCCACCUGUCCAGAACUUUUCCCACAUAUAUAUAAAAGAAAGAAUUUCCCCCUUCCCUUCGAUUUUUAUUUUAUCUCAUCUCUCUCUCUCUCACGAAAAUGUCACUCUCCUUGCAAUCUCCGCCUACCGCAUUUCUCUCUUCUUCUUCUUCUUCGUUAGCAAAAUCAAGGUUAAGAUUUGCGAAUGUGUCUUCUUCUUCGGCUCUACUCUUCAAGUUCAACAGAUCUUUUCCAGUUAUUCGAGCCUCCUCGUCCUCGAGCUUCUCUUCUUCUCUCGACACUGGGUUGAGUACUGAAUUGGAUGCUGUGUCUACUUUCAGUGAGAUAGUUCCUGACACUGUGAUCUUUGAUGAUUUUGAAAGGUUUCCACCAACUGCCGCAACUGUUAGCUCUUCAUUGCUGUUGGGUAUAUUGAGCCUUCCUGAUACCAUCUUUAGAAAUGCUGUGGAUAUGGCUUUGGCGGAUUCAGGAUGUUCUGGGCUGGACAACCCUGAACUGAGGUUGUCUUGUUUCUGUAACAAGGCUUUAGUAAAUGUUGGUGGCGACUUGGCAAAGCUAGUUCCUGGUCGGGUUUCAACAGAAGUGGAUGCACGUCUGGCUUAUGACACACAUGGCAUUAUUAGGAGGGUGCAUGACUUGUUGAAAUUGUAUAAUGAGAUUGAUGUUCCUCCUGAGCGUUUAUUGUUUAAAAUUCCUUCAACUUGGCAAGGAAUAGAAGCCUCAAGAUUGCUAGAAUCUGAGGGUAUACAGACACAUUUGACUUUUGUUUACAGCUUUGCUCAAGCUGCAGCUGCAGCCCAAGCUGGCACUUCUGUUAUUCAAAUUUUUGUUGGCCGUGUUAGGGACUGGGCACGCAAUCAUUCUGGUGACCCUGAGAUUGAAGCUGCUAUUCAAAGAGGAGAGGAUCCUGGUUUGGUUCUGGUGACAAAAGCUUACAAUUACAUUCACAAAUAUGGGCAUAAAUCAAAGCUUAUGGCAGCAGCAGUUCGAAACAAGCAGGAUUUAUUCAGUCUGCUGGGGGUUGACUAUAUCAUUGCACCCUUGAAGGUGUUACAAUCACUCAAAAAAUCAGUUACUGUUCCUGAUGAGAAGUACUCUUAUGUGAGGAGGCUGUCCCUGCAGUCUGCUGCCACCUACAAUUUCACUGCUGAGGAGCUCACAAACUGGGACCAAUUAAGCCUAGCAUCAUCUAUGGGACCUGCAUCCGUGGAGCUUCUGGCUGCUGGACUAGAUGGAUAUGUUAAUCAAGCAAAGCGAGUUGAGGAAUUACUUGACAAGAUUUGGCCACCUCCAAAUGUCUAAAGAGUGGCUUCUUCAUUUUGAAGCACAUCUCAUCUGGCAUAAAAUAAGAGGAUGUACCCAACUCCACAAUGUUGUUAGCAACACUUUGUUUUAGCAGAGCACUUGAGUUGGUAUUUAAUGCUUGAUGUUAAUCCUGCAUCUUUUCAUGUUGUCAAUGAACACAAAGCUGAUGUUGCCCUCUCCCAUUGCAUGUGGUAACGCUCUUCUGCCUACUGUCCGAAAAAUUGCAUUCAAUUUCACGGCAAAGCCUUCCUCUUUUAA